AUGGGAACACAACGCGAAGAAAUAAAGAAUGCAAUAAUUUCAUUUAACGAACCAAACGCUGUGUUUUAUUCUGGACAACUUAUGAAAGGCAACUUGAAAUUUGAACUGAAUAAACCACUUCAUUAUAUUGCUAUAAACAUACAAUAUAUUGGAGAAUGUUAUGUUUUCGGGAUAGAGGAACAGAUCGAGGUAUAUAAUGGAGUGAAACACAUAAAGUAUGAGGGACGCGAGGAGUACUUUAACGUCGUACACUGUCUGAGUGGAGGGAGUGGUAGUACGUCUGUCCUGGCCACGGGACCACAUUCGAUCCCAUUCUCCUACCAGCUUCCAUCAAACAUUCCGUCAUCUUUCAAGGGUGAUAAAGGGACCGUCAUCUACAGUAUUAUAAUUAGUGUGCUAAUGACGGAAUUCACUAAACAAGAGAUCAGCGAGACGUUUGAUGUCAUAUCACCGGCAGACUUGAAUCAGUUUUAA